CUUCCACAAAAGAUCCAGGCCGCCAAAGGGUGUGUGGAGGCUGGAAGCUGGCUAGUGCAGCGGUAGAGGAAAGAAGCCGAAGUCCUUCCCAGAGCCGGCCGGGGACGCAGGGGCUCUGAGCACCCACCAGCUAUCGAUCAUGGUGCGCGCGCUCUGCCCGCUGCUGCUGCUGCUGGUGCCGCCUCUGCUUCAGCUCUCCGCGGCCACAGCGGAGCCCUGCGAGAUAGACGACGAGGACGUGCGCUGCGUCUGCAACUUCACGGAUCCGGAGCCGGACUGGUCCAGCGCCUUACAGUGUAUGAGUGCCCUCGAGGUGGAGGUCCAUGGCGGCGGCCGCAGCCUGCAACAAUUUGAAAAGUUUGCCGACACCAACCCAAAGGAGUAUGUUGACUUGGUCAGGGCUCUGCGCUUGCGGAGACUCACAGUCGGCGCCGCACAGAUUCCGGCUCCGCUUCUCGUCGCCGUCCUGCGUGGGCUCGGGUCCUCCCGCCUCAGCCAUCUAACGCUCGUGGACUUGGAAGUAACCGGCACGUUGCCGGUGCCACCUCUGGAAGACCUUGGACCUAAGCUUCUCACCCUCAGUCUCCGUAACGUCUCGUGGGCAACAGGCGAUGCCUGGCUCGCCAAACUGCAGCAGUGGCUCAAGCCAGGCCUCCAAAAACUGAACAUUGCGCAAGCACACUCGCUCGCCUUUCGCUGCGCAGACCUCCACACCUUCUCCUCCCUCCAGACCCUGGACCUGUCGGACAAUCCCGCACUGGGCGAGCGCGGACUGACUGCUGCUCUCUGUCCCAACAAGUUCCCGACCCUGGAGAAGCUAACGCUGCGCAACGCUGGGAUGGAAACGCCAAGCGGCGUGUGCGCAGCGCUGGCGGCGGCGGGUGUGAAACCACAGAGCUUAGACCUCAGCCACAACUCUCUGAGCGCCACGACCCAGGGCGCUCCCGCUUGCACCUGGCCCAGCGCACUGAACUCUCUCAACCUGUCGUUCGCUGGCCUGGAGCAGGUGCCUCAAGGACUGCCGGCAGAGCUCAGUGUGCUUGAUCUCAGCUGCAACAGGCUUCGCAGGAUGCCGAGGCUAGAGGAGCUGCCCAAGGUGACUAGCCUGACACUGGACGGGAAUCCCUUUCAGGAACCGGAUGCCUCCAAAUACCAAGAAGUCCCGAACUCCGGUGUGGUCCCAGCCUCCGCGUGUUCAGCCCUGGCCAUGGGGGUGUCAGGAACUGUUGCCCUGCUUCGAGGGGCUGGGGCCUUGGCCUAAGAAGGCCCAGGGGAGAAGAAUGGAUUGGCUCAGGUUGCCGUGGCUCUGGAGGAGCCUCGGCAGGACGCCUCUACCAACCACUUUUCUGCCCAUCUUCAUUAAAAUCUUAAGCAGCUGUCCUUGUCAUUCACUCAGCAGAUGUUUGCUGUGUGUCUGCUAAGUGCUAGGCACAAUGAUGGAUGGGGAAUCCAUUAUAUUGAGAUUUUCUUCAUCCCAAUUCCCCAGAAACCAUAUCUGCCUAAGCAGAGAACUUCAGGGGCGGAAGACUCAGGGGGACGCUGCCUGUCUAGGGCUGUGUGGAAGAAACAAAGGGUUUCUGUGCAAUCCAGGCUGUUUGAGCAGAUUACCAGUACCUGUGUAAAAGGGUAUUUGUAAACAUAACAGGGAAGAUACAGAAUGUUUCCUUUCUGGUGGAUUUUUCAUGAUCCAGCUGGUCUCCCAAAAACAAUAAAAGCCGCAGCCACUUGCUUCCUCUCUGUCUCUGAGACAGGAAGGACAGCUGUGCUUGCUGUCCUACAUUAACUCUGAGUUGCCUAACUUUAAGAUACCUCUCCUGCUCUGUAAAUCUCCCUUGCGACACCUGCACACUGAGUUCCACUGUGAUGUCUGAUGGUAAAUUCGGUCAUGGGGAAGUGGUGCAGCCAUUAAACUGCCUCUGAACCACAGAUCUUGUGAUUAGGUUGGUAUAUACUGUAUAACUGUUUCAGGCUGGCUCUUUGAUUUGCAAAUAGGAUAAUGUCUUAGACCCAUCACAGGGCAAUUAACAAGAUUGCUCCUCAUCCACAUUAUCUCAGAAACCCAGGAUAUCAGCUAAGAGGUGCAGUUCCUUCUUAAGAGUUCCUUCUCUACUAAAUCUGAUAGGCAGCCACACUCAUCAGAGAGCUAGAUACCAGCCUCACUGGCUGAAAGAAGCAUGCAAAUACAGUCCUCCAGCCUGCCUCCUUUCAGUGUCCAGAACCACAUAGCUAGGACUGGAGAAUGAAAAUUAGUAUUGAUAGGAGCAUCACAUAGGUCACCAGACCACAGACUCAAAAAAUCAUGGGGACAGCUAAAUAAACUGCCAACCCCAGUCAGGAAAACCCACUGGGGCAUCCUAAAGAGGACUUCAUCCAGCCUGUUGGGACAUUUCUAGUAUCAGAGAAUUAACCACUUUAAGCGGCUUCUCACAUUGAAUAGCUCUGAGAACUCUUCUCCAAACAGUUACAGAGGCCCUGUUCCACCUCAGACUCUGUGCUAGGAGCCUGGUGUACAAAGAUAAAUCAGAAAAUUCAUGCCCUUGGGGAAUUCUCAACGCAGUAAGGAAGACACAUAAAAAAGAUAGUUGUGAUUCAAUGACUGAGAAAGAUCAACUCUGUAAGGGAAGGAUGGUCCUCUGGAAGCCUGUACAGAUGAAAAGACAUUUCAUAUGGGUCUUGAGAGGUGCAUACCACUUCCUCAGGAAGAACAUCCCAGGCAAAAAUGGGUAGUAUGAUAAAAGACUCAGAAACAUGUCCUGCCUGGUGUGGCUCAGUGGAUUGAGUGCCGGGCUGUGAACCAAAGGGUUGCCAGUUCAAUUCCCAGUCAGGGCAUGUGCCUGGGUUGUGGACCAGCUCCUCGGCGGGGACUGUGAGAGGUAAGCACACACUGAUGGCUUUUCUCCCUCUCUUUCUCCCUCAUUCCCCUCUCUAAAAGUAAUAUGGCCAAACCUGGGAAUUAUCACUGAUUAGGUAGGGCUAAAAUCAUGAGGAGGGAAGCUGGAAACAUUCACUGAAGUGCCUGUCAUGUGUCAUGCACUCUGUUAAACCCUGUGACAUAACAAAAGUAAAGCAGAAGUUCUUGUUUGUAUGAAGUUCAGAUUCUAAUUGGCUGGUGGGGGUGAGAGGAAGACAAUAAGCAUCUGAAACUUUGGUAAGUGCUAUGAAGAGAAAGGAGACAGAGUGCUGAGAACUGAUAUGUUAUUAGGAUUGUUAGGAAAGGCCUGUCUGAUAUGUGAUUUUUAACUGAUACCCAAGUGCAUUGGGGGAGAGAGCUUGAGGAUAUCCGGGCGAACAGCAUUUGAAGCAGAGACAACAGCAUGUACAUUCAAAGAUCCUGAGGUCUUUGAGACGUUAAAGAAAACAAUAAGGAGUACAGUGCGGUGGAAGGAGAGUACACAGGGAUGGUAGGGAGAAUGGUAAGAGAUGAGAUUAGAGGUAGUAGCAGGGCCAGAUCACGCAGAGCCUUGUAAAAUAAUCCUACUCAAAAUAUGGUCCAAAACAAGGGCCAGGCUGCAAAUUAUUUAUUAUUGCACUAUGAAGAGAUAAGUAAAAGAGUCAGGAAUAAGUAUUUUAUAAUUUUAUAAAAUUUUACAUCUCAGCAACAUUUCUAUCAUAUUUUACAAAAGUGUCAUCUGCAAUGGAUUGGAACUUUAAAAAUGAAACAUGGUGCCCUGACGGGUGUGGCUCAGUUGCUUGGGCAUUGUCCCACAAAGCAAAGGUUCAGUGGUUUGAUUCCCAGCCAGGGCCCAUGCUUGUGUUGCAGAAUCAGUCCCUGGUCGAGGUGCAUUACAAGAGGCAACAGGUCGAUGUGUCUUUCUCACAUUGAUGUUUUUCUCCCUCUCU